UAGGCGUUCUCCUUGGAAAGUUUGGAGUGAGUGAAUGAAAAAAUAAGGGAGGUGUGGCAAAGUUAGAAAAGACCACCAAGAGGGGCACGAGGUUGUCGAGUGCUGGAGCUGCUCGGAAACGGCUGAGAUCUGAUUCAGGGGAACAAACAAUAUCUGGGGGAACUGAAAAUGGCAUACCUGCUCAUGUUUGUCACCCUGCUGCAUCUCAUCACACUGGCCAUGCUGUUCAUCGCCACCAUGGAGAAGUCCUGGUGGGUGUGGGACGGCAUGGAAAACUCAGACCUCUGGUACAACUGCAGGUUUGACAACUCCACCGGAACCUGGCUGUGUGCAUCCUCCAAAGAAACUGAGUGGCUUCAGGCAGUGCAGGUCCUGAUGGUGCUCUCAGUGGUCUUCUCCUCAGUCUCCUUCCUGGUGUUCCUGGGUCAGCUCUUCACCAUGUCUAAGGGUGGACUCUUCUACUUCACUGGACUGUGUCAAGUGUUUGCAGGACUGACCGCCUUUUGUGCAGCUCUCAUCUACACAUUGCGCAACAAGGACAUCCUCCCGGACUCCAAAGAUCUCACUUCAGGUCACUUUGGCUACUGCUUCAUCCUGGCCUGGGUGUGUGUUCCCUUGUUGUUGUGCAGUGGGAUCAUAUACAUCCACCUGCGUAAGAAGGAGUGACCAGAAGAAGGGGAAAACAUGAUGUCAACACCAGGAUUGGAAAGAAAAUUAUUAAAUUAACUUGUUAUUAAGAAAUGUUUAUUUCACAGGAGUCACAAAUGCCAAUAUUAUGACGCGUAUACUCAGGCUUAAUCUGAUUUUUUUUUUUUUUUUCUUUCAAUUUUAUUUUGUUUGUGUAGUCUGGAAAAAAUAUUAGGAUGACACAGGGAACUGGUCCAACAUGUAACUCUCAUUUUCUGUUUCAAGACAUUUCAAUUGUUUUGUUGUCCACUUGCUGUGUGUUGAUUAAGUAAGGGAAAAACAAAUGGAGUAGUUGGUUAUGUAUUGUUUAUUAGACAAUACACAACAGUAUAACCAAUGACACUGGCCCUUUUUCACUGUCUUCCAGAACCUUCGUCUACAGAAGUAGUUCUGGAAGACAGUGAAGAAGGGCCAGAAGUUCCUCACCUUCAUCUACUCCUUCUGUAGACGAGAGUGAGGAACUUCUGGAAGACAGUGAAGAUGGGCCAGAAGUUCUUCAUUUUCGUCUACACCUUCUGUAGAUGAAGGUGAGGAACUUCUGGAAGACAGUGAAGAUGGGCCAGAAGUUCCUGACCUUCGUCUACACCUUCUAUGGAUGAAGGUAUGGACGAAGAUGAGGAUCUUCUGGAAGACAGUGAAGAAGGGCCAGUAUAAUCGGUUUUACUGUUAUGUAUUGUAUAACGAUGUAGGCCCUAUGAAUUGCUUUUAUUUUUCCCUACAGCAAACUGGAAAUGUAUAUUUUUGUACCUAAAGCUGAUGUACAAUAUAUUCAGUAGCAGCCCUGAAUAAAUAUCACACAAAAACAAAAA